AUGCGGAAAAAGUCAACAAGAAACCCGACUAGCAGAGGCGAUGCGCCCUUUCUUACAUCCAGUCGCGGCUAUGGCUCCACACAAUAUAUUGAUCAUUCAUCGGAUGUGGCCUCGAGCAUAGCAAACCUGUUUGGCAAUAGUGCGUUCAGUGAUGUUACAUUGGUUGUGCAAGGUGUACAGUUUGCGGCACAUAAAGCCGUCUUGGCUGCUCGUUCUGAAUACUUUCGAGCACUGCUCUAUGGCGGACUUGCUGAGACUUCAUGUUCGGUGAUCCAUUUGAACGAUAUCAGUUCUACCGCAUUCAGGCAUACAAUGCUAGAUGUUCUCGGUUUGGCGCAUCAGUAUGAUUUACGUGGCUUGGAGUCGGCAUUGUCAGCACACUUAACUCAUUCACUUCGUCUUUCUAAUGUAUGGCUUAUUUACAAUUUGGCCGUCAUGUACAACUUGGAAGAGCUUGUCAACGCAUGUCUGAAGUUUCUCGAUGGUAUUGCCCCAGUACCACUUCACAGUUCACAAUUCCUCAGUUUAUCGCAAGCCGCCGUGGAACGAUUGCUAUCUCGUGAUAGUUUCUGCGCCGCUGAAAUCGAAAUUUUCCGCAGUCUUUGCGCUUGGUUCCGAGCUGCCCAGGAAGCUGAGACUCGCCAACCACCCGGACAGUUGACCAACGCCACGGCCUCAAUUGAACCAUUGGUAUUACGUGGUGAAGUUCUUGGUGAUUCGCGCUCCGUAUCCACACCAACGAAACCGGAACAAUCCACCGGUGGUCACGUGGAAGUAGCGGAGUUAAGGGAGGAUUCAGAUUCCAGGAGAAGUGUUGGGGAAAAUAGUUCCGACUUACUCCCUCCGAAGCCCCCUGCUAUCGUCGAAACUGAGUUCACAUGGGGUCGUGAUGGAAUUGAAGCACGUCAGCAGCGAAUGAUGCGACGCUGUGUCCGAUUUGAGCUGAUGACACUUACCGAGCUGCUGACAGAAGUUCGCGCAUCCAAACUAGUCAGCCCAGAUGACUUGUUGGACGCAAUCAGCCGCCAAGCCAAAAGUUCGGAUGCAUUACCUCAUCGCGGUUGGAUGUUACCGGGUGUAAAUCUGGCCUCACCACGUUUCGCCUGUUCCCUCGUUUCCGGAGAGGAAGGGGGCUAUCCGUAUUUCUUUGUGGAUGACGUGGAAGAUGAGAACGGCACAAAGGGUCUGGGUGAAAUCCAGUUCAGUUUGAGCGCGUUGGAUCUCACGACCGCAUUAGCCAACGGAACUGUGGCGGUUCAUCCAAGUAACGCGCCGGUCCAGAUCGAGCAAGGAGAUGAGAACGGGGUGGAGGAGGAUGAGGAGGACGAAGAGGAUGAAGAAGACGAGAUCGAGUUAGACCUAAUAGCUGGCGAUCAGCCACCCGUAACGACACACUGGCAACAUGCAGAGGAUGCGAACGAGCUAUCAACCCGUAUUGAGAACGUGUGCCAACAAGUGGACGGUUUUCUCAUUCCCACAUAUAAUGUGGCCAGUGUGGAGCACGGAGCCACGGUUCUGGAAGGAGUGAGUCGCAAUCGGAACGCCCUGAUUGAUGGGAAUGCUCGAAUGUACGAUUGGAAUUCGGGAUACACGUGCCAUCAACUCGGUAACGGGGCGAUUGUUGUUCAACUAGCACAACCGUUUCUCCUGCGCUCAAUGCGUCUCCUAUUGUGGGAUUUGGACGAUCGAACCUACAGCUAUUCAGUGCACGUAUCGACCAAUCGAGAAGAUUGGCGUCUGGUGCACGACGCGACACGAGAGCAUUGCCAGUCGUGGCAGAUUAUCACAUUCCCCCUUCAGUUGGUCACAUUUAUUCGAGUGGUCGGAUCGCACAAUACCGCGAAUGAGGUGUUUCAUUUGGUACAUCUUGAGUGCCCAUAUCCACCGGCAGAGCAACAACCGGACGAUCGAGCCGAUUCACCAAAAGAUGAUGGUCAUCCUGCACAGAGUUUACCUGAUCCCAAUCCAGACUUUGGGGGAAUACUGACCAGUAGCGGGGCACCUAGUGAAUCCAAUUCUCUGACUGAACAUCCUUCUUACCAGGCCACCCAAGCGACAGAAUUGUUAGAUCAUUCAAGUGUCUUGGCAUUGGAUACGGUGACUAAUUCGUCCGUUUACGCCACAGAAUUAGAAACCCGACCGAAUUCCCCUCCGAUCACGACAGUUUUGGGGCGUUCAGGCACCGCAGAAUCUCUCCCCCAAUUGGCCCCAGUUGCUGGUGGUUCAUUAACUAAUCUCCCCGAUCCGGACCAUUUGCAUUUGGGUGAAAAUCCCUCGGAACCGGAACCAGAUUCAUCCAUUUAUACCAGUCGUUUUAGUUUGGAUCGAGCUGAAUCUCAACAUGGCUACAAUCGUCCAACGAAUCUUGCAACCAGCACAGAUGGACAGGAGAACCUCCAAGUCCCCGAAACCUAUUCAGAAGUUGGUCGUUCCCUGUCACGUCAUUUGUCAAUUGGGUCGUCCGUAUGCGGCUUGCCCGUGAACAACAACAACAACAACACUACGGUCAUAUCCUCGGGUUCGACUCGAAACACCUCCUCCGUGGUCCACGCCCGAACGACCAAUUCACGUGCACAGAAUUCCCACUCUUCUCUUCCGAUGCUCGAGCCAGCUGAGCAGAAUAUCUCUUUUCCUUGA